CGAAAAAAAGGAAAAUGCGAUGACAGCGUGGCCCUAUGGAAAAGACGAUUAUGACAGAUCCGUAAACAAAACGUGUUAGUCCUGUUUUUCUUGCGUUUUGUGGCCACGACCGGAACGGUUCUCGACCCGAAAUGGCAACCCUCGGUGGUCGACCGGACGAUUUGUCCUCCGAGGACGAUGGUGUGUUCGAUCUGCGACAGGAGAUAGCACGCAGCGCCUUCGCCGACAUGUGCCACGACUGGGAGCGUAACCAAAAGUACGACCGCGCUCUGCAGCUGACGAUCGCAAGGCUGCAUGCGGCGGGCCGAGAGGCACACGUGCUGGACAUCGGCACCGGUAGCGGCCUUCUGUCCAUGAUGGCCAUACGAGCCGGUGCGGACAGUGUGGUUGCCUGUGAAGCUUUCCGUCCAAUGGCAGACUGUGCGGAGCAGGUACUGGCGGCUAACGGGAUGCAGAACCGGGUGCGCUUGCUGAAGAAACGAUCGACGAAGGUGUCCGUGGGCCCGGGGCUCGAUAUGGAACGGCGAGCGAACGUACUGGUGACGGAGCUGUUCGAUACGGAACUGAUUGGCGAGGGAGCCCUCGGAACGUACCGGCACGCACUGGAGCAUCUACUGACGGAAGACGUGCUGACGAUACCGCACGCCGCCACCGUGUACGCCCAGGUGGUAGAGUGUCCUUUGGCACUCGGCUGGCAGCAGCUAAAGACCCUUUCCAACGCCGACGGCGAUAUCCUUCUUCGGGUACCACCGGAUGUAGUGGCAUGCCGAGGCUCCAACGCCGUCUUCGAUGUACAGCUCAGCCAGCUUCCCGUGGGAUGUUUUCGAGUGCUCACGGAACCGAUCCCGGUAUUCCGAUUUGAGUGGGACAAUCGCAACGAGCUGCAGCUGCAACGCAGCGUGAAGAGUGUAUGCCAAGCGCGCAACGCCGGAUUCCCGCAGGCCGUGUUCAUGUGGUGGGAUCUGACGAUGGACAAAGUAGGCGAAGUGUUGCUUAGCUGUGCCCCUUACUGGGCACAUCCUGAUUUCCAGCGACUUAAAUCCGCCGCGGAACAUCGAGAACAGCGUGUUCCAGAAAGUAACGUAAUCCCGUGGCGCGAUCACUGGAUGCAGGCCAUCUAUUUUCUGCCACCGAUUAAAAUCCCGCUACAAUCAGGGCACGAGUUUACCCUACGAGCGUACCAUGAUGAAUAUUCGUUAUGGUUCGCGGUCGGCGACGAGGACACUGCUACCGACGGUGCCCCGCACUGUACCUGUGGAUGGCACAUUGCUCAAUCACGUUCGCGCAUCGGUCAGCUGAACGAUAGUUUGCGGAACAAACGGUACCUCAACUACUUCGAGCGUGUCUUUUCGAGCGACUCGGUGGUGCUGGUUCUCAGUGAAGGUUCACUGUUGGGACUGGCCGCCGCACGGAUGGGUGUUAAGCAGGUAUUGCUGUACGAACCGAACGCCAUAUCGCGUCGCUGCAUGGAAGCGUUCGUAGAGCACAACAGCGUAAAGAAUGUGCAAUUUCUAUCUUCCGCCGAUGCGCUCACGCCUGCCAGUGCCGCCGAGGUGACACACGUUUUUAGCGAACCCCACUUUCCGUCUGCCAUUCUACCGUGGGACAAUCUGCACUAUGGUGAUCUCGUGAAAAACUUGCGUCCAUUGUUGCCACCUAGUGUCGCGUACAUUCCCAGCUCAGGCACCCUGUACGCGUUGCCGGUGGAGUUCCUGGAUUUGCAGAAAAUCAAUGCUCCCCUGGGGACGCGCGAAGGAUUCGACCUCUCGCCGAUGGACCGUCUAAUCGCCGAGAAUUCCAUCUUCUCCGACUCGCCGGUCGAGGCGCAACCGCUUUGGGAGUAUCCAGCAUACGCGCUAGCUGGUCAGAGCCGCCUGAUGGAGAUUAGUUUUGCGAGCGACUUUGAUGAAACGAAGGUCGAACAGGGAGAAAUGCGUCUGCGGGAUCCGGAGCGACUGAAUGGGAUUGCUAUUUGGGUGGAAUGGCACCUGGACGGUAGCCACAGCCCCAAAACAACCAUCUCGAGUGGACCGCUAGUGCCUGUGGAGGAGUCUUCCGUAGAACCGAUCCGUUGGAACGCUAACUGGCGUCAAGGGGUGCAUUUGGUGCGUAGCCAUCCGAACCGAAAGGCCACCAUUCCUUGGACAGUAAAGUUUAACCCAACGCUCAGCAACGUAUACUUUCAUUUUGAUUAUAUGGAAAAAUAAAUGAAAUGGUUCGAGAUGAUCACA